AUGUCGAGCGUUAUCGAGACGAAGACCUGGACGACCCAACAUGGACACGGUCUGCUUAGCUUCACACGCGAGGGUGGUACCCUACACACAAGUGUCACGCCUGAAGUCAGUACACCGGGGAACAUCCAGGACGCCAUACCACCACGAGACCCCCUUGACGCACCCAGGUAUAUGGCCAUACCCGAAGUCAUCGACCUCGAGAUGUCGGACCCCGAGCCGCCCGAGCUUCCAGAGCAGAGAGGCAACGAGAACCGCCACGCUUCGCGCAGUGACUCCGAUGAGGAACCGCUCUGCCGAAAACGCGUCGAGAAGAGAAAAGCAGAAGCCCACACGUCAAUACCCAUACCUCCGUCCAAGAGAGCGAAACCCAACAGUAUAGUAGCCGAGGCCAGCACCCCGCCCGGCGGAGGCCCUAAAGAAGACAGCCGAGGCCUGCGCACGCUCACGAAGCAAGACGUGGAAGGCAAAGAUCACGUCUUCGAAUUCCCGCCCAAUGCAGGCCUUUACUGGGUUACCCGUUGCCGACUCUGCCCUGACAAGCACUUCAAGGUCUGUCCCUUGACUCAAAUGCAAAAUUUCAAGGUCCACGCGCAGAGCAGCGAGAGACAUAAAAAUGUCGUCUUCGACGCUCAGUCUGUCAUAGAUAACGAUCUCGUUCUAGUCACCGGCGCAAACCUGGCGUGGGCGCGAAAAAGCAAUGAGUUACUAGGCUGGGGAUUAGACCCCCGGAAAGAAAACCCAAAGGGCUACCAGAUUCCCGAGUAUAUUGCCCGGCUACUCAAAGCUCGCCGCUGCACCCUGGCGAAGAAGAAGUUCCGGCCCCUAAAGCCCAAGCCAGCAGUAUACGACUGGCGAAGACAGCCCGCAGACCACAGGCCCCAGACUCAGCAACCCCCGAGCCUUCCCCCAAGUCACUCGAUCGAUUGCACGACAUUCCAGACGAGACAGUCUCACCACUCGCCGCCUCCUGAGAAACACGGGCCGAGCACAUGUGCCUGGCUGGGUACACCCUGGCUGGGUACACCCCACAGCACUGCCAGCCCGUUACCCGUCGAGCAACAAAAGCGGCCAACAGACCAAUCGCUUCCACCAUUCAGAGACCUCCGUCACGGCGAUACCAUCCACGCACCGCCUGUAAUGGCCGCACCGCCAUCCACGCGUCAGCAGCGAACGCCGUCGCUGGAGUACGGCGGCUCAGGGAGCUCCCUGGGGCCCUCGCCCCGCGAGGAAACUCCGAGAUGGUCCGUACCAGAGCCACGGUCGCAACCACAAGCACAACCACAGCCCCGUCAUUGGGGAAGUGGCCCCACUCACACCGGCUGGUCGGUCGGAGCAGCUCCAGAGCUAAAGGACGCUGCCGAGACGAGGAGGAGUGCAAGUCCGGGCCCAUGGAUCAAUAUCGACGCGGACGAGGAUGCAGUGCGGAAGUUCGAGCCGCCAGACUCGGACGAGUAG